AUGGCUUCUUGCCUCUCUGCCAAGUUUGCCGACCCCAGCUUGCGCGAGAAGCUGCUGCGGACUGGGGACCGUGAACUCAUCGAUGGCCACUCUGGUAGCCCGGAUUUGAUUUGGGGAUAUCACAUCCCAUCCCAGAAGGGCGAGAACCGACUGGGUAUUUUGCUCAUGGACCUGCGAGCGAAGAUGCGCACUCCACAGACCACCUCUGGCAGUCGUGCUUUGUUCCACCUGGACUGGCCUGUCAAAUGCCUCCACGAUGGUUUGCCGCAAGCUUACGCCUCCCGCAUCCGAGACCUCGCUGUUGGCGCCGGCCUCGCUGGAUGCAGUGUGGUACUUCCGCGCCGGAAGAUUUGCAUUGCUCUCUGCGGGCGAAGUAGCGACAUCGACGCUUGGGAGCAUCGGAUGCGGACGGAAGACGUGGAUGUGAACAGCCGGGGACGGCCGUGUCGUGAGCGCAUGCUGGUGGAGCUCUUGCGCAUGAGCGGGGUUGGAGCGUGCGAUACCUUCUCUCAGCACGAGGCCAAAGAUUGGAAAGGUCUCUGUCUCUGGCUGUCGUCCGCUCUUGUGCUUGAAGCCGCUGCCCUGGCCAAGGUUUUGGGUCCUGAGCCUCCAGAGCUCCCAACGAGAGUGGAGUACUUGGAGAACCGCCAGGCUGUGCGCCUCGACGGUCGGCGAUAUCUGCUGUGCUUGAACGAGACUCUGGCGAAAAGCAUUUCUGAGGCACUGCUUGCCGCUGAUGGCCAAGCCCUCUUGGGGCCAGGAGAAGCGAUCCCGCUGUGCGCUUCGAAGAAGCCGAGUAUCUUUGGGGGGAAGUUUGCCCGCCAGUUGCCGGGCCUUCUGAGCAAAGAGGAGUGCCAGAGGCUCAUUGAGGUCUCCGAGGCCGAAGGCUAUGGCCUAGCAGGUUCCCGUGGCUUCAACCCAUUUGCUCGCUACGCAUUUCGCUGCCUGCUGGACGCUCCCCAGGUCGCGGCAGCAGUGACGCAGCGCUUGUCCCAGCUGCUGCCCUGCGAGUACCCUACAGGAUCAGGGCAGAAACUGCUGGGUGUGAACCAGCGCCUACGCUUCUUGAAGUAUUUGCCUGGAAUGCACCACGCCGAUCAUACGGACUGCGCACACGAGGACGAGAAUGGUCGCAGUUUCCUGACCAUCCAGCUUUACUUGAAUACGGAGUUUACAGGAG